AUGGAUUUCGCCAGGGACUUUCCCCAAAUCGGUCAAGAAAACUCUCGUGUUCACUCCUCUCCUGACCUGGAUGAGCUAUUCCACUCUUAUUUUGACUGGCAGGCUUACCUCAACGACACUGAACCCUCCCCCAGGGCCUCCCCACAGAGCCUCAACAAGCUCAUCACGGAGAUCUCUCCGCUUAUUGACAGCAUUGAAACCCAUCGGUUUUUCAGGAUGAAGACUUCGUUCGGCCCUGAUGAAGAGGCGGUAACUGCGUCUGAUUAUUCGGGCCAUCCUUCCCCACCAGAACUUGUUCAGGGGGAGGGCAGCACAUCUCCUUCUGAUCACUCUGGUCCCAUCCUUCCUGACAGGAUCGAGGAAGCAUACCACCGUCCAGGUGCUAGCCUCAAGGAGUUCAGGGCCCAGGAUGAUAAGUGGACAUACCCUCAGACAGAACAUCCCCAGCCUGCACUUGUAGCCUAUUCGCCCAACCUUCGCGUCGCUGAGGACGGUACUGUGAGACAGGCCGGGCACAGCCUCGGGCUCAAGCGUAGACGCUCUGAUCAAGCUCCUGAGAAGAGACCACGACAGCUUGCACGCCCUGAACAGGUGGCCGACGUUCGGAAGAGUGGAGCCUGCCUCCCAUGCAGAGUGUCCAAGACCCGUUGUCACGAGCAUGGCGUUUGCCCCACGUGCAGAAAAGCCUUCCCGAAGCAUUCCCACCUGGUUUGUACUCGUAUGAACCUUGCUGAGGCAUGGCCCGUUAUUAGCAAGAUCCCUGAUGUCUGGUCCAAGAAUCCCGGAAAGGAAGAACAUUUCACAGUAAGCCCUCAUCUCUUCACCGGGAAACCGAGGGACAUACAAAUAUUCUUCUCGCGAGAUCAUUACUCGCCAAUGCUGCCGGCUUCUGUCCAAGCCUAUAGGUGGAGCAAUGAGAAGGAAGACGGGAGACCAGAGAAAGCUGCGUUCGCCCGUCAUGCCAUGCCUACACAUGAAGACCUGGUCUGGUGGGUUGAGAACCAAGUUGUGUAUGAAAACACACCAGGCUUUCCCCACUCAGUCCACAGAUUCCUCAUUGCCUAUUCCAGGGGGGGAACUGGACUCCCAAUGCAUGGCCUGGUGACAAGGGUCAAUAAGAUGGCCUGCUUCUUCCGAAUCUGGAAGUCAUCGUCAUUCUUAUGCCGUGACCCAUCUGGGAAGAUUGCCAACCUUCCGCUAUCGGUCCAGGCUGAGCUUCGCACAAUUGCGCGAAACGCGUUGCAUCGCAUUGAACAUGAUAUUCUUAAAGACCUCGACGAGUGCCUCACGCCAAGCCGAAGCCCCAAACCGGACGACAAAUUGGCGUUGUGGGCAGCUCUGUGGCAGCUCUUGUUCAUGUAUCGUGAACUCACUUGGUCUGUGACAGCGAUGAUGGCACGCCAUGGCCAAGGAUUGGCAGACCCUCAAAAUCCACACAGAUCGCCAAUCGAAAAUUUCUUUGGGGUCCUGGCAAUCUUCUAUCACUACCACUUUCGAAACAAGAAGAGCUUGGAAGUGUCAUUGGACUGGCUGAAGGCUCCGGGGUACCCAGCUCAUCUGUGCCAGGCCAAGCAAGCUCUAGGCCCUUUGACUAAGGCGAUGCUCAACGACAGAAAACCGUUUUUGCAAAAACUUCAAACAUCCGAGCUUCCGGUUGACCAACUGCUAUGUGUCUUUGUGGUAAACCAUGAGCUAAAGAAGCUCAACACGCGAUCGCGUGCCACAAAGUCAUCCCAGUCCAAGGCAGCAACAUUGCUUGAUGAUUGCGAUGCCGAGUAG